AUGGCAAUCACCUUCACCGACGGCGGGGCGAGGGUCACGUUCGACUCGACCUUGGAGUUCGUGCUCUGGGCGCUCGUGCUUCCUUUGGUCGUCGGCGCGUGCACGGGCUGCCUCGUCACCGUGGUGUACCCUGCCCUCGCAGACCUAUUCAUCCACGCCGUCGUCGCCACCGGCCGGCUGGUCAAGGCGCUGCUUGUUGUCCCUGCGGCCUUGGGCUGGGCCUGA